UUCUACCCACGACUAUUGCCAGGAAAGAAUUUAUUCCACAGCGCAUCAUCUGCAUUGAACUUUGCUAUUGCAAGGCGCGCCUUUGUCCUGGCAAUAGCAUCGAUUUGGGCUUCCGCGGCGACUUCGGGUCGUCUCCGUCCCUCGUUAAAAUCCGCAACGGGCAAGUCGCUUCGGCAUCGAUCUUCGGCCUGCAUCGCGCGUUCAACAUGGCUAACAGGCACACCAUUAUUCUAAUGCAGACUUCUCAAAGCAGAGCUACCAGAACAUUCAUGGAUUAUGAUUCAAUAAGUCAGGCAAUGGACGGUAUUUGUGGAUUGUAUGAAAGGAAACUGAAGGAGCUAAAUCCAGCAAUCAGAAACAUCACCUAUGAUAUUGGGGAUCUUUACAAUUUCAUUGAUGGCCUUGCUGACAUGAGCACAUUAGUUUAUGAACACUCAAUCCAGGCGUAUCUGCCAUAUGACCGCCGGUGGAUUAAGCAGCGGAUGUUUCAACAUCUCAAGAAAUUGGCUCAUUGAUUCUGCAACCUUGUAAUCUGAUCGUUCAAUUUGGCAUUGUUCUGCAAUGGAAGUUGUCUGAUCUGAAUCUGUAAGUUGUCUCCCUCCCUCAACACAUAUAUUGGAGUGGUUAUGUCUCAGGUUAGUUCAAGGUGAAAGUGUGCUAUUGCUGUGGAAUUUAUGUAUUUUGAGGCUUGGAACUUUGGAAUUUCUACCUGAAUGUUGAUAUCUGUAUUAUUGCUGGUACAUAGCAAUAUAAUUUAAUGGCCUAGUUGGUUUCUAUUUGAUAGGCUUCUGGCACCGA